CCAUGCUCUGGAAUGUUUCACUUUAAUAUGUUGCUCCUGCUGGUGAUUUGAUUAUUUGGAGCGGUUUCCCCCCACUGAUGUUCCAGAAUAUAGAUUUUGGUAUAUAUAGCUGUUCAAGAUCAAAUGCCAACUCUAAGAAUGAAGACCAAAUCCAGCAUGGGUUCUUUAAGAGAAAAAAAUAGUCUUCGCGUGUGUCAGAAGUCUAGCAUGAUUUGCAAAAGACCAUGCUGUCAUGUUAGGGUUUCCCAUCAAGGAGCCGGAUUCAAUACAUGUAUUCAAAAUUGCCAUGAUGAUUCAUCAAAUGUAGAAGUAGCCUCUCAAGUUUUCGAAACUGAUGGAGCCAGUGCUCAGCAAAUAAUUUUGAAUGGAGAUGAUUCCGAGCUUCAGAAACCGCUUCCAACUUUUGUUGAUUCUGCAAAUUUGGGGGUAAUGGAGUCUGCCCACACAACUGUCUCAAACUUAGAGACAAUAUUCUCUCCUUUUCUGGAGCCAAUCCAAAUACACAGUGAACUAAAUAUUGACAAUGAUGCAGGGAGUCACAAUGGCCCUGAACUGCCAGCAUUUGGACCCGAUGACAGUGAUGAUUAUAGAAGCUCAUUUGGCAGUCAGACAUGCAAUGUGUCAGAUUUCUUUAUAUCUGACAUGAUAAUUGCAAGCAUACCCUUUGAUGGAAAUGUGAUUGACAAUAACAUCUCGGGAACCUAUUCUUUUCCUGAUUUCAAGUGUUCUGAGCCAAGUAUGCUGUUUGAUGUGGCUGAGCAAUACUUUAUACUGCCUUUCCUUGAGGACACUGUCAACACCAACGAUAUAAAUGAUGUUCAAUUGCAUGAGGAGUCUAUGAUGGCUCAAGAUAAUACUAGUUUACGUCUACCAAUUGAUGAAAUGAGAUCCUGCAUACAAGAAUCUGAUGUUAACUCUGACUCUGAUCAAGCAGAUGACUUCGAUCCACAAUCAUUUAUAAAAAAUUUACCAGAGCUAUCUGAUGUUGUAUCAAGCUUCCGGCCUGCUGAUGUUCCAACAGAGGCUUGGACUAGGAAGCCCAUAACUCUUGUGCUUGAUUUGGAUGAAACUCUCGUCCACUCUACACUAGAACAUUGUGAUGAUGCCGACUUCACCUUUACAGUCUUUUUCAACAUGAAAGAGCACACCGUAUAUGUAAAGCAGAGGCCUCACCUACAGACAUUUUUGGAAAAAGUUGCAGAGUUGUUUGAAGUUAUCAUUUUUACUGCCAGCCAAAGCAUUUAUGCAGAACAAUUACUGGACAUAUUGGAUCCAGAUCAAAAGUUCAUAUCUCGGCGGGUUUAUCGUGAAUCUUGCAUUUUUUCAGAUGGAAGUUACACUAAAGACUUGACAGUUUUAGGUGUCGAUCUUGCAAAGGUUGCUAUAAUUGAUAAUUCUCCACAGGUUUUCAGGUUGCAAGUGAAUAAUGGGAUUCCUAUCAAGAGUUGGUUUGAUGAUCCAUCUGAUUGCGCACUGAUUUCAUUGCUUCCCUUCUUAGAGACUCUGGUUGAUGUUGAUGAUGUUCGUCCUAUCAUUGCAAAGAAAUUUGGUAACAAGGAAUAAGAUCACCUUGUUUUCUUUUUUCUGAUAGCUUUCAAUAUAUUUCCUUGUCCUCAUUUGAUUUUAAGUGAAAUUUGGCCUCUAAUUAAAAUCUCAAUUCUCUUCAAAAUUAACCACAAAAUAAGGUAUCAUCUUUCUUCUUCUUGUGUCAGCAUUUUAAUACUAGUUUCCUUUUCUUUCUACCCUUAGUUGAGAACCCUGUGAGUGCUUUAUCUUAUUUUUCUUUUUAAUCAAAGGUAGUUGUAGAAAAUGCCUGUUUAUUGUACAGUAAAAGUUCCAAUGAUAUAAGCAUUGUAUAUGAAUUGUUUGUGAAAUAUAAUUUUGCAGAUUCCUGUUUGCCAUC